AUGGUUUAUAUUGACCUAAAACCGAGCGACCUAAUGACCCGCGAAGUAUUUGAAAAUACGAUCGUGGUAAAUGUAGCGAUUGGCGGUACUACCAAUGCCCCCAUCUAUCUUAGCGCCAUCGCCUACCAUCCGGUGAGUAUCUUGGAGAAGAAUAUUUCCGCGGGAGGUCUCCUAGCUAUUAUGGCGGAGCUCUUAGACGCAGGCAAGCUAAAUAGAGAUGCUUUAACCUGCAACGGUCGCACACUCGCCGAGAAUGGUAUAUUGUUCGAUUGUGCAAUUAUGAAGACUCAUGUGAUCUCCCCUGCCUUCCGCCAACGCUACCUAUCAAAUUCCGAUGAUCCCGAGGCUUUUGAAGGCUCUAUUGUCGUGUUCGACGGACCCGAGGAUUAUCAUAGUCGUAUCGAGUAG